AUGAGGGGAUGGCGCGGUGGAGCAGCUGCCGCGAGCAGCUUUGCGUUGAUGGUGACGAUGCUUAUGUUGACAGCAUGGCAGAGAGACAGUCACAAUCACACGAAGCUUCUGAUGAACAUGGCUGGAAGUGGACGACAUCAUGUGAAUGCUGAGUUAAGACAGGCUUGUGCUCAAUGCAUGGGCGACAUAUUGCAGACGAACAAGCCUUGGAAGGAUGCAGAGAUUGAUGCUACAGGAGCUCUUGAAUGCAUCCGAGGAGCUUGCAAGAGUGCAACAGAGCGGGCCACUCUCAAUUCUUGUUUCCUCUCGCACCCCAGCUGGGGUGACACAAACGAUGCUAGUAUGAGCCUCCUUGCCCAAAAAAACUUUGGAAAGAAGUCCUCUACGUCGAGCUCGAAAUCCGAUGCUAAGAGUCACAUCAUGGUUCCCCGAAGUUUAUUUUCUCAGCAAGAAGCCCUCGAUCGUCAACAACUGCUACUCAAUUGGAAACGAGCCAAGGUGUUUGCAAGUCUGGUCGGCAGCCCUUGGCAAGGUAAAGGAGUUAAGCUAUUCACUGAGUGGGUCCCACCGCUGGAUCCGCAAGGUCGACCUGUUCCAUCUUGGCUUAGGUUCGUGCCCUCUUCAAAGCUUUCGCAGUCCAAGACGAGCACGAUGGAGAUGGAACAUGGGAACGGCACCGUGGCUCGGAACUGCGCAUCCUUGUCAGAAUGCUCUGCUUGCGUGAAUGGUGGUUGCCUCUGGUGCGGUAGCGAUGCUCAAAUAUGUAGCACAGAGUGCCCUGCAAUUCAAGGUCAGCUUGUCCAUGAAGCUGUUGAAACUUGCCCUGCAUCCCUUGCUGGCGUCAAGUCGGAUACAAGUCCUUGGGGUAUCGCCGUUGAAAAGCAAGAGGAGAAUCUGAAGCGACUACAUGAAAUGGUAGAGCUGGCCCGAAAGACGUCAGGAUAUCCUCUACUUGAUGCUCUCAAGCAUUUACGAGCCAAGAAAACGAAGGAAGAAAUCCUUCUUGAUUCCAAGUUGAACGCAAACUCAUUGACCAGAACCCUUGCGAAGUUGAACCUUGAGCAGGAGAAGAUUAACCUGAAACGACAGAUGCUCUAUUUCAGAACAGAGGUGGGAAUUUCUACAGGGCGUGAAGGAUCUGUUUAUGACAUGACCGUUGGUGGUGGUGGAACUUUCGAUCCUUUCGUCAAGUCAACCACCACAUGGUCAUUGCUGGGUCGACCAACUCCUGGGUGGCUGCACUGGGGAGGAGAUGAUGACGGGGGGUAUUUGAACCCAGUCGGUGGGAGUGGUUGGGACCCUUCCGUCGUUAAUCCUGCGGAAAACGGGCAGUAUGGUCCUGCCACAAACGCCUACCGAAAGAAGCACCCUCAUCCGGAAUCAGAGGCCCCCCUCGCCAGCACCAUGGCGGGUUCUCCUCUGUUUGGGGCCUAG